AUGUCAGCAACUCUGACUUGGCGCCUUUGUCAUCCGGUCGACAAAGAUACUAAUCUCCUUCCCCUUCAAGCCCCUUCGCCGGGUUUCACUUUUCUCCGCCACCAUCACUUCGUAACAUUGACUGCGUUAUCAAAUUUCUUUCUGAAAAGACUUGAAGAAAACUUUGCAAGUCGUCGAAAAGUACUGCGCUGCGACUACGCGUUGAAAUAUUCUGAGCGCGUAACUGAAAUUCCGUCGAUAACCAUCUAA